AACCAUUUUUAGUUUAGUAGUGGAUUUCUAAGCGCUAUAUCACCGCAGAAGUUUUUUUUUUUCGCUGUUUCGCAUCAUCGUGAAAUUCUAUAUAAAUUGUGGUGUUUUUUAGAUUGACAAAAAAAAUGUCGACCUUGAGCGGAGACGAGGCUGAAAUUGUUCAAGAAGAUGCAGUACGAAGAACGAGAUCAGGCAGAGCUACUAGAAAAGUUGCGGCACCGACACCGGUAAAGAAAGUAGUCAAGAAAGUUACACGAGCUGCUCGUUCACCAAGGAAAACACAGGAAGUUGAGGAAGAUCAUGAGACAACAGUGAUUGAAGGAGAUUUAGAUGAAAUUCCAGCAAACGGUGUUCAAGCAGUGGAACAACAAGAGGAAGUUACCGAAGGUGUCCCCGUGGAAGUUGCACCAGAAGAAAAUAAUGAAAUGAAAGAAAAUCAGCUUGAUUUGAACCUUGAGGAAUGUCAGGAAAUUGUUCCUGAACUUGAAUCUCCUCCUCCACCAAGUGUUACCAACGUUCAAACUGCAACUGCAAUUCAUUCAACUCUCAAAGUUAAAGAAUCCCCACAGAGUUUGGAGGAAAAUUCAGAAAUGGAAACAAACAACAAAGAUAUAAAAGAAGUGGACAUUACAGAGGAUAUUGUAGAGGAUAUAACGGAGGUUACAGACGAGAUGAUUCCGGCGGAAGUUGUCGACAUGGUGACAAUUGAAGAAUCAGAACCAAGUUCAGUUAUGGAGAUCGAAGAAGAAAUUCAAAAGGAAAACGCCGUUGAAAUUGUCGAGAUUACAGAAAAUGUAUCAGAGGAUUUUAAAGAAGACGAAAUUGAAUGUGAACCCGAUGCCGUCAUUGAGCCAGAACCCACAGAGGAAAUGGAAGAAAUGACGGAUAAGAAUCAAACAACUGAAACAAUUGAGGAUCAGGAAAUGACAAAUAGUUCCGAAACAGAAAAGAAAAUUGAACCAGACACUGAAGCUGUUUCCGAAGAUGAAUUGCCGACUGAAGCUGCAGCCAAAGAACCAGAAACUGAGGCUGUUUCUGAUGAAGAACUUCCUGCAGCCGCUCCCGCUGAUUUGGGUGAAACAGAAUCCGUUUCAGAAGACGAACUUCCACCAGACAGUGAGAAAAAGAAGAAGGGAUUAAAGAAAUCCGCUGAGAAAAUGACAAAAGUUGACGGUGCAAAUAAACGUAAAUUAAACGCCGACGGUGAAUACGAUCCAAGUUCGCCAACUUCUGAAAAUAAUGACGAAACCCCAGCAAAGAAAGUGGCUUUGGCUUCGGAUACGGAAUCUGACGCUAAAUUGGAAACAAAACCCGCAUCACCGAAAAAGAAAUCCCUACCCGAAUUGGAAAAAUAUUGGAAAGCCGUUAAUGAAGAUCCAUCUGAUUUUACUGGUUGGACUUAUCUUCUUCAAUACGUUGACCAAGAGAAUGAUGCUGAGGCUGCUCGAGAAGCUUAUACAAAGUUCCUGGAGCGAUAUCCAUAUUGCUAUGGUUAUUGGCGAAAAUAUGCAGACUACGAGAAGAAAAAGGGUGAUCCCGAGAACGUGCAAAAGGUUUUUGACGCGGGACUUAAAGCAAUUUCACUCAGCGUUGAUCUCUGGAUUCAUUACAUCAAUCACUGUAAGGUCAUUUAUGAGAAGGAUGAGAAGAAGAUGAGAGAGCAGUAUGAAAAUGCCAUUUCUGCCUGUGGUCUCGAAUUUAGGUCCGAUAAAUUAUGGGAGAGUUACAUUAAAUGGGAGACGGAGGGUAAACGAUUGAGUAAAGUGACGGCAAUUUAUGAUCGUCUAUUGACAAUUCCCACAUGGUCAAAUUCAACACAUUUUGACUCAUUCCAAGAAUUUGUUUCGUCAAAUGCACCAAAUCAAAUUCUCAGUGUUGACGAUUUUCUCUCGUUACGUUCUGAGGUGAAAUUACUCCUCAAAUCAGAGGAUGUUACACCCUCAUCUUCAGCGGAUGCACCACCAGGUGAAGAACCACCGCCACAUGAAGUGCCACCCACCGAUGAAGAGACAAGGGCAAUUAGAGAGAAAAUCAUCAGUAGCCGACGUAAGAUGCAUAAAACUAAUUUGAAUGCGGUCGCUGCCAGGUGGAGUUACGAGGAAGGCAUAAAAAGACCUUACUUCCAUGUGAAACCAUUAGAGCGAUGUCAGUUAAAAAAUUGGAAGGAAUAUUUAGAUUUUGAAAUCAAUGAGAAGGAUUCCAACAGAAUAAUUAUUCUUUUUGAAAGGUGUCUUAUUGCAUGUGCACUUUAUGACGAAUUUUGGAUGAGGUUUGUUCGCUAUUUGGAAAGUUUAAAGAUCGAUAAUGCGGAGAAAAUUCGUGAUGUUUACACACGUGCCUGUACAGUUCAUCAUCCAAAAAAGCCAAAUCUUCAUCUUCAAUGGGCGACUUUUGAAGAAAGUAAAGGAAAUUUUGAGAAAGCCGCAGAAAUUCUUGAGAAUUUUGACAAUGUUCUUCCAAAUAUGUUACAAAUUGCUUAUCGAAGAAUUAAUCUUGAGAGAAGAAGGGGAGAUUUGGAAAAAGCAUGCACUCUUUAUGAUAAUUAUAUUGCUAACAGCAAAAAUCGUACAAUUGCCAAUAAUAUUGCUGUUAAAUAUGCGAGAUUUCUAUGUAAAGUCAAAAAUGACACUGACAAAGCUGUCAAAGUUUUACUUAAGGCUGCAGAUAAGGACAAGGAAAAUCCAAGAUUGUAUCUACAGUUAAUAGAUUUGGGUCUUCAGAGGAAUCCAGUGGAUACACAAGAAAUUGUUGGCUAUAUGGAUAUGUUUAUCGAUAGAGAACACGCAGAUUUAGAACAACGAGUUCUUUUUGCACAGAGGAAAGUUGAAUUUCUCGAGGAGUUUAGUCCCGAUAUUCAAAAAGUUCUCAAGGCACAUGAACAAUUCCAAAAAUGUAUAAAACAAGCCAAGGAACGAAAGAAAACAAAGAACGACGACAGUAAAUCUGACAUGUCACCACCGAAAAAAAUGAAAUCUGGCGAUCAAUCAAAUGUACCGCCACCGCCUUCAAUCAGCUCACAAUCUUCCUAUCAAUACAGCAGUGGACCAAGUGGUCCCUAUCAAUCGCAACAACAAUUUCAAAGUGGCCAAUACGGCAGUCAAAGUGGUUAUCAACAGGGAUACCAACAAUAUCCACCGCCUUCGGAUCCAAAUUAUGCGAAUUAUCAAAAUUGGCAAUACAGCCAAGGUGGACCUCAAGCUUAUGGAUCAUAUAAUCAAUGGGGAUCUUAUAAUUAUUAUUAAAUUGAUCUUCGUCAUUA